CGCCAUCGCAACGCGAGGUCGUGCGUGCUGUCAAAAUUUUCUUGUCAAACAUUGCGUUUGUCAAGUUGUGGUUAAAAUUUUUAUUUUGAACUGAAACUACAGAAAUACAAUUCAAACAAUCAUGAAGAAAAAUCAACCAAGGCAAAGAACGACCAACGACCCAGUAAUCGUAUCGAGGGUAAAAAACUAUCUCGCCGAAAAUGUCGAUAAAACUUUCGUCGAUGUUAGCCAAAUGGCGCGUUCGUUGAAGGAGCGGUACCGCGAAUACAGUAAUAGGAGCGACAGCGCGUUUUGCCAAAUGGUUGAGAAUGCGUACAAAAUUGUUCUACAGAGUUACGGACUCGACGGAACGACUACAUCGGAGGGCUCAGAGGAGUCGGACUUAGAAAUGCUGGAAGAGAACAAUAGCUCACUCAACGAUCAAUUACUGGCCAUGUAUAAAAUACAGGACAAGAAACGACCGGCGACUACCCGAAGAACCACUUCUAAGUCGGGCGAACCCAUCGAUAUAUUGAGCAGCGACGAGGAUGGCGGUGCUGCCCCGAAACUACCAAAAAUCAAUGAUCAAAUAACAAUCACUCCCCACAUCCCGUCUCGGAAUAACAACAGCACGACCAUCGAAUGCUCAGCUAAAAUACAACCUAACCAAACGGACAAGAAGAAAAAGCAGGAAGUAAAAAGUACAGUGUCACGGAAAAAGACAGAAUUCACCAUUAAAAAUGUCAAGGUAGGGUUUGAGGACAUUGGUGGUAUAUCUGAUAUUGUAACACAGAUCUGCGAUCUUAUAUUGCACAUGAAGCACCCAGAGGUGUAUCUACAGUUGGGUAUUAAAUCACCGAGAGGCGCCCUGCUCCACGGGCCCCCUGGCACUGGUAAAACAUUAUUGGCACAUGCAAUCGCUGGGAAACUACAGUUGCCCCUUAUUACUGUUACUGGUACAGAGCUUGUGGGGGGAGUGUCAGGAGAAUCCGAGGAAAGAAUAAGAGAAUUGUUUGAGAGAGCUGCCAGCAUUGCGCCUUGUGUUCUGUUCAUAGACGAGAUAGAUGCAGUGUGUGGUAACAGAAUACAUGCCCAAAAGGACAUGGAAAAAAGGAUGGUGGCUCAAUUACUAGCAAGUUUAGAUAGCCUAUCAGAAAACAGUGCCUCAGUGUUAGUUUUAGCUGCAACAAACAACCCAGACACUUUGGACCCUGCAUUGAGAAGAGCGGGGAGACUGGAGCAAGAGAUCACUCUAGGAAUUCCAUCAUUGAAGGCUAGAAAAGAAAUACUGUCUAUCUUAUGUAAGAAUUUAGUGCUAUAUGAAGAUAUAGACAUGAAUGUGCUAGCUCAAAUCACACCUGGGUUUGUAGGAGCAGAUUUGCAAGCGCUUGUCAAUAAAGCUAGCACUUAUGCUGUGAAAAGAAUAUUUACAGAAAUAAGGUCGAAGGAGAAAAAACAGGUCAAUGAAGUUGUAAAGCCGGUAGAAGCUGUGACCAUUCCCAAUGGUGAUAAAGUAGAAGAACCUAAGGAUGAUAAGGAAACCAAUGACCAGGUAGAAUCUACAACUUCAGAAGAGGGAACUCAAAAUAAUGCUUCGGAAGAACAGCCCCAAGAACCAGAGAAAGUUGCAGAAGAAAUUAUUCCCCAGCCCACUGAUAAACCAGUAGAUCCAAUUGAAGAAGUGAUGAGUCUCCUGGAAGAUAAUAUGCCCUACAGUAAAGAUCAGUUAAAUGGACUAGCAAUUAGACAAGAAGAUUUUCUGAAAGCUUUAAAAACAACAAAGCCCUGCGCUGUCCGAGAAGGAAUUGUAACUGUACCUGAUGUUACAUGGGAUGAUGUGGGCUCGUUGAGUCAAGUUCGUAAAGACCUUCAAUUAGCUGUACUAGCACCUGUUAAGUAUCCUGAACAAAUGAAGAGGCUCGGUUUGUCUGCACCGAGUGGAGUGCUCCUCUGUGGACCUCCAGGGUGUGGUAAAACAUUACUAGCCAAAGCUGUAGCUAAUGAGGCAGGUGUAAACUUCAUAUCUGUCAAAGGACCAGAGCUGCUGAACAUGUAUGUUGGUGAAAGUGAGCGUGCAGUACGCACCUGCUUCCGCAGAGCAAGGAAUUCCGCUCCAUGUGUAAUUUUCUUUGAUGAAUUUGAUGCUUUAUGUCCAAGACGUAGUUCGCACGACAAUAAUGGUGCAGCUAGAGUAGUCAACCAGCUGCUCACUGAAAUGGAUGGAAUAGAAUCUCGGGAGGGUGUUUUCGUUCUUGCUGCAUCCAAUCGACCCGACAUCAUUGAUCCGGCCGUCCUGAGACCUGGGCGUCUGGAUAGGAUCAUGUAUGUGGGUAUGCCAGGCACGGAAGAUAGAUAUGAUAUCCUACAGAAGCUCACUAAGAAUGGCACAAAACCUCACCUUGGUCCUGAUGUAGAUCUGCAGAUAAUUGCCAACCUCACUGAAGGCUACACUGGUGCAGAUUUGUCAGGCCUAGUUAGAAUAGCAGCAACUAAUUCUCUCACCAACCAUAUAUCUAAUGGAACUUUAGAAGGCGAGCUAUUUGUGACAUACGAAGAUUUCAGAGCCGCUCUGUCCAAAUCCAAGCCAUCUGUGUCCACCAAGGAACAGUUACAUUAUGAAAAACUAAGAUUGAAGUAUGCAGGAGGUGUGGAUGACAAAGAAAUGGAAAUGGAGACUGAACCAACAAAUGAAGAAUCCAUGGAUACUGUGUGAGAAUUAUUUUCGAAAUGUCUAUAGACGAAUAUGUAUUGCAUCCCAACAAGUGUAUUUCAAAGCAUAGUGCAAAAUAUAAUAAUUACAAUAGUAUA